AAAUUAAUUAAAAUGUACAAAUAUGCAAAUUAAUUAAAAACCAAAGAAGAUAUAUGGUGAAAAAAUGUAAAAAAAGAUUUAUUUAAAUUGAUUUAUUUAAAUAAUUGUUAAUGUUGUAACUUGCGAGAAUUUUAAAUGCCUGUAUGAAAGUAUAUUUCUUAUCGUGGGAACAUGGCAAUAUGUUAGAAUUUAUCAGGAGGAGUAAAAUUCUACAAUUAUAUCAAAUGACAUCGUUAUAAUUACAACUCUAAUACUGGUAGUAAGAUAUCGACUAAAUGCGACAACGUCAAGUUAUUAAUUUUAAUUCGCUUACGGACAGGUCUGUUAUAAGCGUUUAUUUGUAGUACUUUACGAUCCUUUGUCGCGUGCACAUUGCUAUAUGUUUUAACACAAAUUGUAGUUAUUUGAUUCCAUUUGUUAUAUACGUUAAAUUAUAAAGCGAUCAAAGAAGGCAUUUUAUUUAGCUUAUCGGAAAAAUACAGAAUUGCGUAAUGGUAUACGAGAAAAAAAUGGCAAUUACAGAAAUGCGAAUGCUCUCUCGCCAUUUCUUUGCAUAUACCAUUGGUGGUUUGUGGCGACCAAUCGAAUGGUCUUCGAAAUACUCCAAGUCAUUAUAUAAUGUAUUUACGUUCUUUACGAUGUAUUUAUUUACGUAUUUACUGCUAACCCACGGCCUGCAUAUCAUCUUUGUUGUCGACAACUUGGAAAGCUUGAUCUCAAGUUCUUCUGUUUUCUUCUCAUUUGUCGGCCUUAUGUGCAAAGCAACUACUGUUGUAGUCCGUCGCGAUCGGAUUAUCAAUUUACUUGAAAUAAUACAAGAAGAACCUUGCAAAGUUUGUGAUGAGGAUGAGAUUGAUAUCCAGAUGAAAUUUGAUCGUUUACUUGGAUUAUAUUCCAUGCCUUAUAUAAUCUUAUGUGCAAUCUCGGCGGUGGGCACUUUGAUUGGAUGUAUAAUAUAUAUGAUGGAAGGCGUAAUACCUAUUGGAACUACAUGGGUACCUUGGGACUGUACUUCGCCUUUUAUAUUCUAUCUUACAUCUCUCCAAGUAGUUGCAGCUUUAAUGUUAGCCAUAUUUGUAAACAUUGGAUCAGAAACUACGAUAUUAGGAUUUUGCUUACAAACAUGUGCACAAUUUGAAAUUCUGAAGCAUCGCCUUCAGAGAAUGAUGAAAAAUAAUAAAAACAAUCCGAUGAGUUCAUUGAAUAAUGCAUUAAAUAGAACAAGCAGAAUAUCGGAACACGUUUUCUAUCAUCUAUGUAUAAUCAGACUUGCUAAAACGAUCAAUGAUGUAUUCAGUCCAAUCAUCUUCGUUCAAUUUUUCGUCAGUAUAUUGUUACUUUGUUCAGUUAUAUACCGUCUGUCUUCUCAAAUGGUAAUAGCGGAUUUGGCUUCGUUAUCUACUUACACAAUUAUUCUGUUUAUACAGAUUUUUUAUUAUUGUUGGGGUGGAAACGAAGUUAUGCUUAAGAGUGUUGAAUUGGGCCAAGAAAUAUAUCAUAUGGAUUGGAUUUCCAUGGCAAAAAGUGAACAAAAGGACUUAUUGAUGAUUAUGAAGCGUAGCACAAAACCUAUCCGAUUUACUAGCAGUUUUUUGGUGACAAUGUCUCUGGAAUCUUAUGGCAAUCUUCUGAAGGCAGCUUUCUCCGCUUUUAACCUUAUGCAACAAUUAUAAAGUACCUUUGGCAGUAAACUUUGUAUAUGGUAAUACUAUAAAUAAAUCGCUUGUCACAGUA